CGCAGCCUAAGCCCUUCCAGGCUCCAAGCACUGCCCUGACCCUUCAGCUAGAAUGGGAUUCGAAAAGGGGACGUACCGCAUACAAAACGAGAAGAGCAAGGAAUAUGUCACAUUGGCGGAAAAUAAAAACGAAGAAGGCACGCGCCUGGCUACAACGAACAACGUUACCGACGAAAACACAAAGUGGAUUCUGAAACCGACCAACGUCGAUCACCGGCCGGAUUACUACGCAAUUCAAACGGGGGCUGGAAAGUGUCACGCCGGGCUGCUGCUUCAAUUUUCCGUUGAUAAGAUGUCGGACCGUAAGAAGGGCGGCCCUGUUACGAUGGAUUACAAUCCCGGUCCAUAUGAUGUUGCCUUGACGAGCAAGGCCACGCACGUAUUUCACAUCUCGCAGCGUGGCAGUGUGUACUUGAUCAGCGCAUUUGGGUCGGGCCCACACUGGGGCUUGGGAAAGGAGCUCGCUGAGAAAACAGGCCACGCCGUGGCCAUGAACGAAGACACCACCAAUGACGAGAAUCAUUGGAAGAUCGAAAAGGUGGAUGUUGUGAGUCAGUUGCGGGAUGCGAUUGAGCACGUGGUGCUGUGAUGAAACGCGUCAGAGGCGGUAUCUGGAGACGGAAUGGGUCGAAGAUGCACGGGGAACAGGCGUAGAAGGUGGUGUAAAAUACAUACCUAGGUAGACAUUUCCCCAGCUGUUUACAACACUCAUACGCGCUCUGACGAGGUCACUGGGAAAACUGGAAGGGUGCGG